GGAAACGGGGCGGCCACGUGACCCGAUUGCCAUGGCACCGUCGGUCACAAUGGCGUGGGACGGGCGCGUCUCCACGGGCCCCACCCCACCCACUCCGGCUCCCCGAGUCUAGAGGAGGGCCUCCCCGCCCUCCGGGGCCCACACACCCACGGAGACACUGCAGCUUCGGGGCGCUGUGAGGAGAAGGCCAGCCCGGCUCAAGCCAGGAUCUCUCCUGUUCAGAGAGCCCCAAGCACGACAAUGAACGAGGCGAAAGAGACCUUGCGUGGCAUCGAGCAGAAGUGCAAGCUCUUCCAGCAGCAGCAGUUUACCUUCAUCACGGCCCUGGAGCACUGCAGGGAGAACGCCCACGACAAGAUUCGGCCCAUCUCCAGCAUUGGACAGGUACAGAGCUACACGGAACACCACUGCAACAACGCCACGGACCGGCGCAUCCUGCUCUUGUUCUUGGACAUCUGUUCGGAGCUCAGCAAGCUUUGCCAGCAUUUCGAGGCCCUGCAUUCCGGCACCCCGAUCACCAACAACCUCCUUGAGAAAUGCAAAACUCUGGUUAGCCAAAGCAACGACCUGAGCACCCUCAGAGCCAAGUACCCACACGAUGUGGUGAACCACCUCAGCUGUGAUGAGGCCAAGAACCACUACGGAGGCAUAGUCAGCCUCAUCCCCAUAGUCCUGGACUUAAUGAAAGAAUGGAUUGCCCACUCCGAGAAGCUGCCCCGCAAAAUGAUGCAGCAUGUGAGUGCGUCCCUGGCUGGUCAGGGAGCCACCACGGCAGCCACUUUUCCUGCCCAGAUCAUGAGCAACCAGACCUGGCUAAGCAAAUGCAAGUGUAGGCGGCCUGUAAAAGAGCACCUCAAACUCAGUGGGAAAGAUAAAGGCUUUCCAAGCCUCCCUGGAGGCCAUCUGGUGGGAAACUGUGACACCCAGUGACCUGCUCUGGCAGUUAGGUUUUCCUGGGUGGCUCCAUUUUCAUUGGUGCCCCAAGUCCCUGCCAAAGGAGGGGGGGGCAAUACAUUACUAGUAGAGAACCUCUCUCCCCCUUGCUUUCACUUCUGACAUUUCUUUCUCUGAGCUCUGUGUUAACCUAGAAUAACUCCACUUACCAAGUUUCCCAAACAAUGUGGUAUUGGUAGAUGGUUUCCCAGAGGGAAGGCAUUGGACUAGUACCCAGGUCUUCAUGAGCCACGGCUUGCACAGCGCCCUGGUCUGACCAUGCUGUCGCACUGGCUUUGCAGUGAGGCAAUGCGAUAGGCUCACCUAGCUCCUUGCCUCAACAAGGGCAGCUAGAGGUGAGGCACCAAGAUUGCCCCAAAAGAUUAAACUCCACGUGUUCAACUGCCUGGACCCAAACAAUUAGGGAUGAACCCAUCUCUCUCCCUCUCUUAUUUGGGAGACAGAGACCAUGGAAGAUGCCUGACUUCUAUUUUAUGGCUCCUGAGAAAGCACAAUGGCCUGGUAUUCAUAGCAUAGUCUGGACACUGUAAAAUGUUCCCCUGGCUUCUCAGCUUGCCAGAAGUAAGGUCUGACUGUUGGUUUUUCCCUUCGCAGGGGACGACUUA